CCUUACGAGUUACGAAUGUUGUUAUUUUUCUUUUAAUUGUUUUUAGGGGUGGUACUACCGUAUUGCUCGAAGCGGAGGAAGUGUGGCUACUUCAGACCGAAACGCUUCUCGUGUUGGAUUUUCUGCCCCGAAUCAGAUUUUCCGGUGAAAAAAAAAAAAAAGUUUACUUCCAGAUUUGUGGGUUGCAUGCUUCGUCUUCGUGAGCCAAGAUUGAAUUCCCUGUGUGAUUUCUUAGGUCCUUAUGAUGCGACGCCAGCAGGGGCAGUACGCCGGCUGCGAUUCCGGCGGCGGCAAUUCGUACGGUGGCGCAGCGGCGGCUUCAAUUCACCACCAUCAUCAGAGGAUGCAGCAGCAGCAGCCGAGUGGUGGCGGGGCUAGUGAUUUUGAAGGACGACUGGAAGCGUUCACACCCGAGAGGGAUAGCAAUCCUAAUCCUAAUCCUUACGCUGCUUCGAAUCCUGAGGCCCAGUGGAGAUGGGAAAGAGAUGCUUCCAAACCCUCCAAUCCAUUGACUCCUCAUCUCUUCAAUGAAGGGCAAGUGAGUGAUACGUCUAGAUCCUAUUUCCAGGGUCAGAGGUCCGAUCCAAAACAUGCUUUAGAGACACAGAGCAACAGCGAUCCCCGAUCUCAACCUCAUAUUGAAGAUAUGGACCUUGGGUACGAGGAUAAGCCUUCACUACAGUCCUUUGAAGAUCUUGAGCAGAAAUUCCUUGAUGACAUUAGGAAACUAACCAAGGAACAGAACGAUGCUGAGGAUGCAGAAAAUGCUAGACACAGAGAGAAAAUUGGUACAAUCAAUACCCAGUAUGAAGAACAAUUAGCAUCACUGCGGUGCCGGCAUGCUGGUCGAAGAGAUGAUUUACUUCGGCGGGAAUCAAAUGCCCGACAGCAUCAAUACCAGCAAUCUGUGAUGGAUCGUUACCCCAAAAGCAGCAUGGGCUCCUCCGAUCUUCAUGGUUACAGUGGAAUGACAGCCUCAGCUACUGCUGGCGAUGCCCGCAGAAGCUACGAAACUGACCAAUAUGAUUCUUACAGAGAGCGGGCUCGAUUUCUUGGGGGCUCCCGUGAUCAUGGGUUUGAACCUAGGGGACCAUAUCAGGGAGGCCGUGUUUAUGAUACUGGCUCACGCUAUUACUAAUUUGCGUUUUAUUUUACUACUCCCAGGUUCCAGUGAGCCAGCUUAUAAGUUAGGCCGUGUUUAACUUUCAAAGUUUAAGUGUAGGAUCCUAGUGUUAUCUCUACUUUACUAUGCAGUGGUGAUUUUCAUGUAAACUUCUGGUUGAUGAAGUAUCAUUUUUUUAGCAUCAUAGAAUAAUAAUAGAAUCCUUCUCUGUUGUAUACCAAUGAUUUGCAAUUUGCAUUGCACACUGGUCAUUUUUGUAGCACACCACCCGGCUUUUAACGAUGAGUAAGCUGAAAAUUACGAGAAUUAAUUGAAUCUAGAUAUAG